CGGUGUUGGGAACGGGAACAUGGCCGCCAAUGCGUGGUACGGGCAGAUGGGCUCGUUCACGCCAGAUGGUGGGAACAGCAGUAGCGGCCAAAACAAGCCCAAUGGCGAUGGCAAUAUGCCACCACCGCCCAACCCCUACCAGCACGGCCAGAUGCCAGGCCAUCCCGCACCCUGGGUCGGCUUUGGGCAGGAUCUGGACUACAGCAACUUGGGCGACGGCUUUGCGCAAGCGUGGGAUACCACGCUGCAAGGACUCAAUGAUUCCGGCGCCGGCGCGAUGCAGGACCUCACCGGCCUCUCGAUUAUGACAAACGACCCGCUAUUCAGUCAGAUGAUGGGCGACUUCCCUGGCCCAGAUAUUUUCCAAUUUUAGAAGCCCGAGAUGUCAGAUGACGAACGACAUAUUUUAUGAUUUGAUGGAACAUAGUGGAUGCUUUCUUCUUGGUCGAAACGUUCAAACAACAGCAGUGCUAGGAUGUAUUGCGAAAUUGAUUUCGAAGGCAUUCUGAUUUCUCAUGCAAAUUCUCUCGAUUCAUUACCAGAAUUAGAUAGAGAGGAGGGGGGUUUUAUCUGUACUGCCGGAAAUUUUUCCAUCAGCUUUGGAGAUAUGCGAACAGGUUGUGCCACACGCACGACACGGAAUACGAUACGAGCGUUACUUGAGCGAGGGUCGGGUGUUGUUGGAGUUGAUAUCACUAUGAUCUCAUUUUCUUCUUGUUUGAAUGUAUGUAUACCUCUUGCUGCAAAUACAACUACAUGGCCACG